UCCCAUCCUUACUUUAAAUGUUUAAAUGUAGCACUACAUUUUUGUAAACAAAUCUCCUCCCAUUCGCUCAAACAAAAUGAGGACAUCAUUACUGGAGAAAACCUCCUCUUCUCAGCUUCUAGCAUUUUCGUUAUUUUUUCACUCAUGCUUAGCCAUGAAUAUCAGCACUGAUCAAUCUUCUCUUCUAGCCUUGAAAGCCCACAUCACUUCAGACCCUUAUCGCAUUCUUUCAACAAACUGGUCUUCUUCUACCUCUGUUUGUAGCUGGAUUGGAAUCGCUUGUGGCUCUCGUCAUCAUAGAGUGAUUAAACUGAAUAUUUCAGACAUGGGGUUUACUGGUACCAUCCCACCACAACUUGGCAACCUUUCUUUUCUUAUUUCUCUUGAUCUAAGCUACAACAAUUUCCAGGGUGAACUUCCACCAGAGUUCACUCGUUUGGAAAAGUUGAGAACCAUUAAUCUUAGUUUCAACAACUUCACUGGAGAAAUUCCUAAAUUUCUAGGUGAUUUACAAGACCUUCAAAUGUUCGCCAUUGAAAACAAUAGUUUCAGUGGGUUCAUUCCUUCUUCUAUCGCAAACAUGAAGAAUCUUGGAUUCCUUAAUUUAAGAUACAACAAUCUGGAAGGAAAUAUUCCUUUAGGAAUAGCCACUCUUCAGAGUUUGAAAUGGUUAAGCUUUGGAUUCAAUAAGCUCAAUGGCUCUAAUGUGCUCUCCAUAUUUAACAUCUCGACACUGGAAUAUUUGGAUCUCGGAAAUGCCGGUUUAACUGAUGAUCUUCCAUCUGAUUUGUGUCGUCGCCUUCCAAGAUUGCAAAGGCUUGGACUUAACUUCAACAUGUUAAGUGGAGAGAUACCAAGAAGUAUAUCAGAAUGCUCGGAACUUCAAGUCCUAUUGUUGUUGCAAAAUAACUUGAUUGGAGCAAUUCCAAGACAACUUGGGAAAUUACAGCUGCUGCAAAUCUUAGCUCUUGGGUUUAACAAAUUACAAGGCACAAUUCCUGAUGAGAUUGGUCAUCUUUAUAACUUGAAGCAAUUGGGCAUGGAAAAAAAUAAAUUAACGGGCUCAAUUCCUUUAACCAUAUUCAACAUUUCAUCACUUCAAGUUUUAUCAAUGUGGGACAACAAGCUUGAAGGACCUCUACCGAGAGAGGUCGGAAAUUUGACUAUGCUUAAUGUACUUGAUCUGGGAGUCAAUAACCUCACAGGUGUACUUCCAGAUGAGAUCGGUAACCUUCAACAGUUGCUGCAGCUUAAGUUGGAUUUCAAUACCUUUAGUGGGUCGAUCCCUGCUAGUAUCUUCAAUAUGUCAAGUCUUGUAUCUAUUUCACUCACACAAAACCACAUUUCAGGUAAUCUUCCUUCCACUAUAGGCCAUAGAUUACCCGAUCUUGAACGAAUUUUUCUAGGUGCGAACAACAUUAAUGGCUUUUUACCUAGUUCUAUCUCAAAUUUGUCUAAGCUUACCAUUCUCGAACUCAGUGCAAAUGAACUCACAGGUUCAGUUCCUGACUCUCUAGGAAACUUAAGAUUUAUUGAAAUUCUCAACUUGCAAGACAACUCCUUUACUAGUGAAUCUUCACCACUGAGCUUUAUUACUCCUUUGGCCAAUUGUAAACACUUGAGAGAAUUGAUAUUGUCUCUUAAUCCCCUAAAUGCAAUGCUUCCAAAGUCCAUCGGCAAUCUUUCUUCUCUUCAAAUAUUUGAGGCAGAUGGAUGUAACCUCAGGGGCCAUGUUCCCAUUGAAAUCGGAUAUUUGAGAAAUUUAUCUUAUUUGAAGCUGGAAGACAAUGACUUGACUGGCAUUGUCCCCAGAACAAUAAGUUCUUUGAAAAAACUUCAACAGUUUUCACUUGGAGCAAACAAAAUAAGUGGUCCUUUCCCGAAUGGUUUGUGUGAGCUAUCCAACUUGGGUUUGUUAAACCUUUCACAAAAUCAAAUGCAGGGAAGUAUUCCUCGAUGCUUGGGGGAUGUAACUUCCCUAAGGGAGGUUUAUCUUGAUUCCAACAGCUUCACCGCUGGCAUACCUUCAAGUCUGUGGAACCUCAAAGACAUCUUGAAGCUGAACUUGUCUUCUAAUAUCUUCAAUGGCUCUUUACCACUUGAAGUUGGAAACCUCAAGGCUGCAAUAAUUCUAGAUCUUUCCUGGAACCAAAUCUCAGGCAACAUUCCUAAUACAUUAGGAAGUCUACAGAAAUUGACUCAACUGUCUUUAGCUCAUAACAGGAUUGAAGGAUCUAUUCCUGAGACAUUUGGAGAACUGAUAAAUUUGGAAGCAUUGGAUCUUUCAUAUAAUAAUAUGUCUGGUGUUAUUCCAAAGUCAUUAGAGGCACUUAAGCAACUAGACUCCUUUAAUGUCUCAUUCAAUAGGUUACACGGGGAAAUUCCAAAUGGAGGACCUUUUGCUGAUCUCCCUUACCAGUCUUUUGUGUCAAACGAAGGAUUAUGUGGUAACCCUCAAAUGCAUGUCCAGGCCUGUCAUGGUAAAUCAAAGAAAAGAAUCGUGAUAUUUAUCGUCGUUGUCUCUUCUGUUAUUGCUUUAGUAGGCCUUGCUUCAGUGAUAGUUUUCAUGUUGAAGAGACGUCAUGGUAAAACAAUCAAAGCUGAUGAUGAGUGGUUGCUAGAUGUAGCACCACAAAGAUUUUCCUAUUAUGAUCUUCAAAGAGCAACUCGGGACUUUGAUGGAAACAACUUGCUAGGUAGUGGAAGUUUUGGUUCUGUUUACAAGGGGGCAUUAACAGAUGGGAUGAUUGUAGCUGUUAAAGUUUUCAAUGUGCAGAUGGAAGGUACAUUUCAAACCUUUGAUAGAGAAUGUGAAAUUUUGCGGAAUCUUCGUCACAGAAAUCUCACCAAGAUCAUUAGCAGCUGUUGUAAGUUGGAUUUUAAAGCAUUGGUACUUGAGUACAUGCCAAAUGAGAGCUUAGACAAGUUGCUAUAUUCUCGAGAUUAUUUUUUAAACAUAAAGCAAAGAUUGAAUAUCAUGCUUGAUGUUGCAUCUGCUCUGGAAUAUCUCCAUCAUAGUUACUCGGUACCUGUUAUUCACUGUGAUCUGAAGCCUAGUAACGUCUUGCUUGACAAAGACAUGGUGGGACACCUGACUGACUUUGGCAUUGCAAAACUCUUAACAAAAGAAGAAUCCAUUGCUCAUACUACAACCUUUGCCACAAUUGGUUACAUUGCCCCAGAGUAUGGACUGGAAGGUCUUAUAUCCAAGAGGUCUGAUGUUUAUAGUUAUGGUAUCAUGUUGCUGGAAACUUUUACAAAGAAGAAACCUAACGAUGAAAUGUUCACGGGAGAUUUGGAUUUGAGAAGCUUUGUGCAUAAUUCACUUCCUGAUAAGCUGGAUCAAAUCAUAGAUGGCGACUUACUAACACUAGAUGACGAAAACAUAAGUGAAAAGUUGCAAUGUGUGGCAUCAGUUAUGGAGUUAGCCAUGAAUUGCACAGCUAAAUCUCCUGGUGAAAGGAUGAACAUGACUGAUGUUGUAGCAGCAUUGAAAAAGAUCAAAGAUCGGCUUUCUUCCUAUUAUGGAACGACCUAAUGAAUUGACAACAGGUACUCUCCAAAUCCUAUUUGCGAAGAGAAAAACAAGUUAUGAAGGUCACCGGCAUUAAUCAUCACUAAUUGUUUCUCGAAUGCUAUUGCAAAAGAUUGGGUUGCUUUAGGAAGUUAAAGGCAUGGAAGCUCAUUUACUUCAUACUUCGAGAAGUUACUAUAAUUUUGGAGACUACUGUUACUAAAAGCCGCAGAUAGCUAACUUGUGUACCUUUUUUUUUGUUAAUGGUUAAUAUUAGCUUUAAGAAUUUAAGCUUUAUCCUCCAUUUUUGUGCAUAAUCAUUACUAAAG